AUGAAUCUUCCAAGCCAAAAACCAUCAGAAGUUAGUCGUUUUGACAAGCCUUCAGCUGAAUUUGAAAAAAGUGAGUUUUAUUAAGAUUUUUUUUCUUUUUGAACAGUAGGCUAAGAGUUUUAUAGUGGCAGUUGUAAGCAGGGCUGGACGAUGAUGAAGGAGGAGAUGGGACACCAAAAAAUAUUUUUAAAAACAUAUUGGUUAAUAAGGAAAGUACCCCACCUGCCCCGUUCUGAUUGACGUCAAACUUUUCGCAUAGGAAGAUCAUGUAAAUAUAAGACCUGCAGCAAAGUAAUAAAUCGCGUUUUCUAGGAAAUCCCGAGAAAAUCAAUAUUAAAAAUGACGUUUUAAAUUUGCGCCAAAUUGACAUAAUGUUUUAAACUUUUAACUUCGUCAUUUUUUAAAUUUUAAUAAUUUUUCUUUAGAAUAUUACUAGAAUACCUUUAAAUGAAUAUACAUUUUUAAAUUCGUAAGCGUAGCUUGUCUGAAAAGUGAAAAAGUGCUUAAAACACAAUGCCAAUUAGGCGGGAAAACAAAAUGAUUUAAAUUUAAAACUCAAAGAGCUAAAAUUUUGUAUGGGUACUAUUCAUGGUGCAAGAAAGUCAUAUAAAACGUUUGAGCUGAUUAUGGGCGGGGCAGGGUAAUUUGCUUGUGUGCCACAUUUGUUCUUAUUUUCAACCUCCUCCCUCCAUAUCAAAAUCAGCUUUAGCCUACCCUAUAGCCAGAGGCGAGCGGGGACUUUUGGUCUGGGGGCGGGGGUCGAAAAAAUCGGCACAAGGGGGUCGAAAAAUUUAAAAUAAUAAAAAAAUUUAAUGUAAAAUAUAGUUUUGGGAUACGUAUUAUCUCAAUUUCUUACAGAAGCAAAUACUCUUCUCAACCAUAUGCAAGGAUACCGUUUGGUAGACUGGUACAAUUCGAACGACAGUAAUAUCGAGAAGGCCAACGUGUAUAGAGAAUAUUCGACAACCAUUCGACGAAAAACAAUGUUUCAACUGCUUAUGUUAGCCGACCACGUUUUAAGCAAAAACGACCGAAUUUGUUUUUCUGACAUUUUGGCAGCUUUUAUCGGCAACAUUAUGGAAAAUCAACCAGCUGAAGCUGAAAUUCUUGCCAAGAAUUUUGAUUAUGUUUGCUCGGUUAUUGAUUCCUUCAAACGUUACUUGGAAGGAGAUGAAUAUGCUAAAGAAUUGGACCUAAUUGAAGACUCAUGGAAUUUUCUAGCUUUGACUGAGCGUGCUUCAAUUGCGCCAGCUCCGGUUGUACCACCACGAGUUUCAACUUCUUUAACUGCUUCAGCUGCAUCAGCUCCAACUGCAUCAGCUCCACCAGCACAUACUCGGUCGUCUUCGCUUCAAGAAUCUCCCAAAACUAUUCGUCAACUUAAUGAAGAGAAAGACUGUCAAGAAUCAGAAGAGAAAAUCAUGAAGAUUCGCAUUACAUCUACAGAACGUUCAACUGGAAACAAGAACGAUGAUAACCUCCCAAAUAGUCUCGUCGCCUCUUAUACACCUUUGAAUGGUGAUGAGGUUCUAAAGAGCCCUAGCUUUUCAUAUCCAGACAUAGAUGGUCAUAACCAGAGCCCUACCUUUUCGUAUACAGACAUAGAUGGUCAUAACGUUCCAAAGAGCCCUACCUUUUCGUAUACAGACGUAGAUGGUGAUAACAUUCCACAGAGCCCACCCUUUUCGUAUACAGACUCAGAUGUUGAUAACGUUCCACAAAGUCCACCCUUUUUAUAUACAGACUCAGAUGGUGAUAACGUUCCACAGAGCCCACCCUUUUCGUAUACAGACUCAGAUGGUGAUAACGUUCCAAAGAGCCCUACUUUUAACACUGACUUUAAAAUUGAUUCAACUAGCCAAAAUACAUCUCAAACGAAUGCUUUAGCUAUCCAUAAAACAAUCAGCGGAAUAGUGGAAGCAGUCCUUGACAAAGAUGACUCUAGUGAAGACGCAAAGCCAAAUAAUACCAAGAAACUAAAAUCAUCAAGCCGAAAAGAGUUAAACUCAACGUUAAACACAUCUACUGAAAGUCUAGAUGCAAAAUUUUGCGAUGAUAACGCUCUAAAUGGUCCGUCCAUGAUUUAUACUGGUCCUGACCCUCGUCGUGAAUAUUAUUAUUAA